CACUAGUUUACGUAGCGUGGAUUUUAAGCGGAGGAAUUAUUUAUUUAUAAACUGACGCAAAGGCGCUAAAUCUAAAAUAAACCGCUAAUAAAAUGUUAUAACCUAACACGCAUACAAUGGUGAAGCAGCUACACGCAUGAGAGAAAUAAAAUGGCUCCCCGCGUUAAACUGGAUAAAGCCGCGUGGCUGUGGGUGGAAACUGUCAAACCAGAAGACAUAAAGCAGGAGCAUAUAGAGCUAGCAUAUCGAAUCAACAUCCCGGCCUGCAAGAGGGGAAUCUGCAGGAGGAAUUGCAAAGGGAAUCCCAACUGUCUGGUUGGGAUUGGGGAACAGGUGUGGCUUGGAGAGAUUGAUGAAAACACUUUCCAUAAUAUUGAUGAUCCAAAUUCUGAACGCAGAGAAAAGAACAUUUUUGUUGGCCUGACCAACCUUGGUGCAACUUGUUAUGUCAACACAUUCCUGCAAGUGUGGUUCCAUAACCUGGAGCUUCGUAGUAGCCUCUAUCAGUGUCAGAAUUCCCGGGCACAGGAACACAAUGUUGAUUCUGAUUAUGAACCACAAUCCAUAUGUGAGCACCUGCAGUACCUAUUUGCCCUCCUGCAAAAUAGCAACAGAAAGUACAUUGACCCGUCAGGCCUGGUGAAAGCACUGGGUCUGGAUACAGGACAGCAGCAGGUAAACCCCCUGCAGACCUGCUCUGUCAGGACCAGAAGUUUAUUUAAAGCCUUUCAAAUUAAAAGUAAGAUAGAAGAGAAGCUGGAUGGAGAGAACCGCUACUUCUGUGAAAACUGCCAGAGCAAACAGAACGCCACCCGGAGGAUCAGACUUCACAGCCUCCCUCCGACCCUCAACCUGCAGCUCAUGCGCUUUGUCUUUGACAGACAAACGGGUCUAAAGAAGAAGCUCAACACUUUUAUCAAUUUUCCUGAGCAGCUGGACAUGGAACCUUUCUUGGAACGAAAACUAGACCAGAGUUCUGUCUAUGAGCUGAGUGCGGUGCUGAUCCACCGAGGCAUCAGCGCCUACUCGGGACACUACAUCGCCCACGUCAAGGACGCUCUUACCGGCGACUGGUACAAAUUCAACGAUGAGGAGAUCGAAAAAAUGGAAGGAAAGAAGCUGCAGCUUGGAAUUGAAGAGGACAUCGCUGAAACAGGAAAAACCCAAUCCAGAAAACCCAAAUGCAGUAAAGGCUACCACUGCUCUAGAAACGCCUACAUGCUGGUAUACAAGGUCCAGGAGGAGAAGAGCUCAGAACCUUCCAGGACUAACGUCGAGGUCCCAGCAUUCCUUCAGAAGUUGGUCGACCAAGACAACCAUAAGUUUGAAGAGUGGUGCAUGGAGAUGGCCAACAUGAGAAAGCAGAGUGUGGAUAAGGGCAGGGCCAAGCAUGAAGAGGUGAAGGAGCUCUACGACCUUCUACCUGCAAAAGACGGAGAACCAUUUGAGUUUAUCCCCCUGGAGUGGCUGAAGAAGUGGCUCGAUGACUCCACUGCCACCAAGGAAAUUGACAACUCCAUUUUUCUUUGUUCUCAUGGAAAGCUGCACCCAGACAAGAUGGCAGAUAUCAAGAGGGUUUCUCUGCAAGCAGCCAAACUCUUGUACGAACGCUACGGUGGCGGACCAAGACUUGACAGUUGUUCUCUGUGUAGAGACUGUGUCAGCGAGCGGUGCAGGGUGCUGCGGCUAAAAAGACAGCUCGAUGAAGACUACAAAGGGAUUUCUAAUCUAGUAAAGCGCACAUCCAAUGGUGAAGGCUACUGGGUGGGAAAGGCAUCUUUGCGUGGCUGGAGGCAGCUGGCUUUGGAACAGCUGGAAGAAGAUGAGCAUGAAACCAAACACAGCAAUGGCAGGACCAACGGCCAGGGACCGCACGCUAACAAGUUCAGCUCAGACGUCUCCGAAGGGACUGAAGACGAGACGAAGACGUUCAAUGAAGNUUGGAGUAUUUGUCUCUCCUCAUAA